AUGACAUUUAUUCUGAUUGAUUUGACAUGACAGUUUGCUUUAGUGAUUAGUAGUGAAUGGUGUUUGAUUGAAACUGAAGUGUAGAAUAUUCCGGAAAGUUCAAUUUUAAAAUCAAAAUAAGUAAAAAAUCGACAGUUUGCUUGUUGAAUUUCAUUGAUUGAAUUGUUUUUUCAAAUAAUACAAGAAUAAUUAUACCUUUAUAAAUUAUCAAGAUGGUGGAUUACAGCAAGUGGAAAAACAUUGAGGUGUCUGACGAUGAAGAUGACACCCACCCCAACAUUGAUACUCCAUCCCUGUUCCGCUGGCGGCACCAGGCAAGAGUUGAACGCAUGGAAGAAAUAAAAAAGGAAAAAGAACAGCUAGAUACGAAAAAGGCUGAAAAUCUGAAAAAAUUAAAGGAAGCAGAGCAAAAAUUAAUAGAGGCCAAAGAAGCAAAUAAACCAGUUGAUGAUUUGGAGAAGACUUUUAAAGGUUUGGAAAUGGAAGCUAAAGAAAUUGAAAAGGAAUUUGAAGAAUAUCAGAAAAAGGAAAAGUUAACUCCCUGGAAUGUAGACACUAUAAGCAAACCUGGAUUCGCCAAAACCAUCAUUAAUAAGCGACCACCAAAACCAACCGAAGAAAACCUAACAGAGGAAGAAAGAGAAGCUAGACUGAGAAAAUUCAUCAAAGAAAAUGAAAAAGAACUCAAACAUUUUGGAAUGCUACGCAAAUACGAAGAUUCUAGAAAGUACCUGAAAGAAUACCCAAAUUUAGUAUGUGAAAACACUGCGAAUCACCUGGUCAAAUGGUGUAUCGAUUUAGAAAUGCAAGAGAAACACGAUCUGAUGGGCCAUGUGGCCCAUCAAACUAUUUGUAUGCAAUACAUAUUGGAAUUGGCUAAACAAUUGGAUUGUGACCCACGUGCUUGCGCAGAUCCCUUUUUCUCUAAAAUCAAAGAUGCAGGAGAAUAUAAAACUUCGUUUGAUGACGAAUUGAACAUGUUCAAAGAAAGAAUUAGGAAAAGGGCUGCAGAGAAACUUGAUGAACUCGUAAAGGAAUAUGAAGAAGAAGAAAGACAAAAACGCCUAGGCCCUGGUGGUUUAGACCCAGCUGAAGUUUACGAAUCUCUCCCGCAAGAAUUGCAAAAAUGUUUCGAUGCCAGAGAUGUAAAAUUGCUCCAAGAAACCAUUGCUAAAAUGGACGAAGAACAGGCCAAAUAUCAUAUUAAAAGGUGCGUCGAUUCGGGAUUGUGGGUACCACAAGGUUCAGAAGACACCCAAGAUCCUAAAGAAGAGAAAACUGAAUAAAAAUAAUCCAUUGAAAUAUUGUUACAGAUAGGUAGGUAAUAAAUUAUGACAUUACAAAAUUACUUUUUAUUUAGCAUUAGGUAUUUGUUGCUAAUUUUAAUUUCAUUCUAAAUUGUCUUUAUAUGCUAUAAAUAUAUUAUUAUUCAUUGAAAUCUUA